AUGUUUAAUGUGAAAUUGGACUACAACAAAUCACAAACCAAUAUGAACUGCAUGGAAUCUAGAGUUCAACAGUAUAAAGAGUAUUUGAGGAAUGAUAAUGGGAAGUUGGUUUCUAGAAUAAAAAGACCUAUAAUUUUAGACAAUGUUUCACCCAAUGAAAUAUACAUAACUAGAAGAACUCCCCUAUGCGUUUAUUACAAACGCGCCAUCACUUUACUUCGCCAACAAUUAGUAUGUUACUUGUGCCAAAUGGACGCCGCUAAUUGCGAAAAAAUAGGGGUUUGUCACAAUGAGGAAUUGUAUGAGCUGAUGCAAGAUAGGAAUUGCAAUCUGAAGGGGCUGCUGAGGGGAGAUGCCUCUUGGGGGACAAGGGGUAUCCGGAUCCAUGCGGCUGGGGCUUGUAUUAAAUCGGCUUUCUACCUACUCCAGGACAUUUUACAGCACUAUUACCAGCAAUUACAGUCACAACAAGAAAUUUCUCUGUCACAGAAAUCUAAGAAAAAAUCUGAAAGAUUUGUCCAGGCCCCAACACUAUGCGAUGGCGAUUUUGGCUCUACAGAAAAAAAUAUAUCAAAUUUUUUGAACAUAAAAAUUACCAGCAAUUCAUUAAUAUGUACAGAUGAUUUAUAUAUCAACACUGACAGUGUUAAUGAUGUGAGUAAUACAUCUAAUGGAAUGAAUGAUAUUGACGCUACAAUAGAGCACGUAGAAAAUAACAGAUACAUUUCCACAGUCACAAUAGAGAUGUGCAUAAACAUGUAA